AUGGCCGCCCUUCGCAGCAUUCUCUCAAGAAGGGAAGUAAACCAAUUCUGUUCAAUCGGAUCCGAAUUACUCAGCGGCCCGCUUUCUCUUUCCCUUGAAAAGUGGGAAGCGGCACUAGAGGCGCUGGAAAAGGCCAAAAAUGAUUCCUCCAUACUUCCUGCCGUGGCAUCAUUGUCGAUUGAUUCUGCGAGUACGUCUGUGCGUCACUACCACAAUGUCUACUCUAAAUGUGUGCGGUUGAUGGUGAUUCCUCUCCGUCGUUGGCAGCAAUGGCGUGAGGGACUGUGUUUUUUCAUGGGCGAAUCAUCCAGGGAAGAGGCAGCACCGCUUGCCACGUUGUGUCGUCAGUGUCUUGUUUCCCAACAAGAAUGCUUUGCCGUGGCCUUUUGGGGAUGCUGGUCAAGUGUUGUCAUCCGUCUGGAGUUGCACAUGACGUCUCUUGCUGCUGCUGCGGCAUCUGAAGUGGGAGUAGAAAAGAGCGGUGAGAAUGGCGAUGGGGACGUAUCUUUCGAGGAGGGAGAAGAAAAGGACGAGGAGGAGGAAGGAGUCAACACCGAAGAUGUUGACUUAUCCAUUCUUCGUCUCAGGCGCCGUUGCUACUCUGAACUCUACCAAUUUCAACGCCUUGCUCAUGACGCCGCACAUCUCUUUGGCUCUUACGCAAUGGUUGGUAGGGCCGAACGCCAGUGGCUCACGGACACAUUUCUGCUAGGGCGGGAUGAGAAGGCAGCGGAGGCUCUUGUUCGACGCAGUUUUAAACGGGAUUUUGGUGUUCCAUCCGCUGAUCUUGACAGUGGGGUGCUGCUCGAUGAGUACCAUUCCUUUGAGGUAAAUGAAGGCAAGGAAAAGGCGAUGGCGAAGCGGGCUCAGGACACUCUCAAGGGGGCGUGGUGUCUUAAGGCUCGUGAUCUCUUUGAACACGAGAUGAGGGCACAGAACGAGAGACCUUCAAAGGAAUGCGGGUCC